GUCCCAGGUGCCCGGGGCCCGGUGUCGGUGCGCGGUGGCCGGGCCGGCGGGGCGGGGGCGGGGUGGGGGCGGGCGGUGCCGCUCGCCCAAGCCCAGCCCCUCGCCGGGGCCCGCCUCGGCUCGGCGGCGCCGGCCGCUCCCGCUCCCCCCCCGGCCCCGGCCCGGCCCGGGCUCUUUGUCGGCGGGUGGCGGCGGGGGGCCGCAGCGCCAUGUCCUCCCCCAAGAACGGCUUCUACCGGCAGGAGAUCACCAAGACCCUCUGGGAAGUGCGGGACCGCUACCGGGACCUGCAGCCCGUGGGGUCCGGCGCUUACGGAGCCGUCUGCCGUUGAUGGAAGAAGUGGCACCAAGGUGGCCAUUAAGAAAUUGUACCGCCCAUUCCAGUCCGAACUGUUUGCCAAACGAGCCUACCGAGAGCUGCGCCUCCUGAAACACAUGAAGCACGAAAACGUCAUUGGAAUAUUGGAUGUGUUCACACCAGAUGUAACACUGGAGAAGUUUAAUGACUUCUACCUUGUCAUGCCAUUUAUGGGAACAGACUUGAGUAAGAUAAUGAAGCAUGAGAAACUAACUGAAGACCGAAUCCAGUUCCUGGUAUAUCAGAUGUUGAAAGGAUUAAAGUAUAUUCACUCAUCGGGCAUAAUUCACAGGGAUCUAAAGCCUGGAAACUUGGCAGUAAACGAAGACUGUGAAUUGAAGAUUCUGGAUUUUGGAUUGGCGAGACAUACAGACAGCGAGAUGACGGGUUACGUGGUUACAAGGUGGUACAGAGCCCCAGAGGUCAUCCUGAACUGGAUGCAUUAUACACAAACAGUUGACAUCUGGUCUGUGGGCUGUAUAAUGGCUGAGAUGAUAACGGGGAGGCCUCUGUUCAAAGGAAAUGAUCAUCUGGACCAACUCACAGAAAUAAUGAAAAUAACAGGUACGCCAACUCAAGAUUUUGUUCAAAAACUGCAGAGUCAAGAUGCAAAAAACUAUAUCAAAAGCCUCCCAAAAGUCCAGAAAAAAGAUUUUGCAUCCAUCUUGAAGUACGCAAAUCCUUUGGCUGUAAACCUUUUGGAGAAGAUGCUGGUGCUGGAUGCAGAGAAGCGAGUCACAGCAGCUGAGGCUUUGACACAUCCUUACUUUGAGCCAAUUCACGAUCCUGAGGAAGAAAUUGAAGCUGAGAAAUAUGAUGACACAUUUGAUAACAUGGAUCUUCCGCUAGAUGAGUGGAAGCGCAUUACAUAUAAAGAAAUACUGAACUUCAAGGCGCCACAGACAUCGGAGUCAAAGGAGACAGCGGUGUAAUUGUACAACUCGGUCUUUUCAGAACUCAGAAGAAAGCAGGAAAGUUGUAAAUGUUUGUGAUACUUCAGGUGUAUAAAACUUUUAUAAAUAAACUGGAUGUAAUCUGUUUCAUCUUCACUGUCAGAAAGAGCAAUGUCUUUUACUCGCAUGUGAAAGUUGGUGCCUUUGGAAGUAGCGUUUUGAAACCGUCCAGAAACUUAUUCUUGCCUACAGCUUCCUUCUUCUGCAUGAAGGGAUUCCGACUGUGAUAACCUGGUGCCAUCCUCAAAAAAGCAGGUAGGACUAAUUCUUCAAACCAGAGAUCAGAAGUUACCACCCCGGGCAAGCUGAGACACCAAACUCUCCAAGGCCAUUGAACUGUUUUGAAUACAGGAAGCAUUUGUGUGACUUCCUCUGGAAUAUUUCAUCUUGGUAAGAUGCCUGGGAGGCUAAUCAGGCUUCUGCUACCUCAGCUAGUGCAGCAGGUAGCAGAGAGAGAGCCUGAAUGAAUGCCUGUGUGACCCCUGUCCUAUAUGAGUGGAGGACAACUUGAGCUCGGACGGUUCUCACAGAUCUGGGCAAGAGGCAAGAAGCGGAGAAGUGUCACUGUCCUAGAUUUUUUUCAAAGUAAACCAGUGUAGCAGGACAAGCUUUGACAAAUGCACUAGAUGAACAGUUGCUAGACAAGCAAUCACGGUCAAGGGGUACAACAUUUUCCUCUGGAUACAGUGCAGUCUCUGUGUAGACUAGGGAUCAAGGAUUUCCAGGGAGAAAUUAUGACUUUCUGAAAUUUUGUAACCUCUUUAGCAUCUUAGUAUUGAAAUGAUCACUGAAAAAGUACAUCUUGGAGGACGUCCUGGUUAUAGAAUUAGCGGUGCUGAUUUUAGAAAUAAAGGUGCAUGUGGGUCGCAUUAUAGAGAAUAAAAUGAGGGUAAAAAUGCUACGCUCGGCUGUUUGUUGGGAAUACCUGCAGCAAACUGCUGUUUUUUUCACAGCGUAUAGAGGUGUUGCCAGGUGCAGAAUAACAACCGUUCCUUUUUUUAGCCUUUUUGAACUCAUCUUACCUGGGGGGGAACCCUCAGACCUUCUGUUGGGAGGUGCCUUACCAGAGAGAGUCAGCUUCCGGAUGGGAUAUUCAUUAGACACUUUGUGAGUUCCUCUUACUGUCUGGGUUCGUUUAUUAUAUUUUCCUAGGUGCUUAGUUUGUAAUAAUCUCGCAGAGGUAGGAAAAAAAAUUGGCAAACCUUUGGUGAAGAAUUGCUUUCUGAGAUUGCUUGCCCUUGUUAAAGAUAAUCUCUUUACAGUUGACUAUUUGAACGUGGAUUAUUCCCAACGCAAUAUGCUGUUGCUACUGAGUGAAACAGUUGUGAAAAAAGACACUUGAUCUUAGCAGGUAAUAACUGAAAAAGAAGUAAGAAAUUACUGGGUUUUUUUUGCUUUAAAUAACCAAUUUAAACCAGAAGUUUAAUCAAGGCACAGUUGUUCUGUUUCUUUCAAUGAACGUUUAAGUUAAACACCUGUAAAUAUUAGUAUUUCUUUAAAAAUUGUGAUAAGCAUUGAUUAGCUGAGAUGGGCAUGUAGAGAGACUAAAUGGUAAAAGAAGCCUUGGAUUAUUGAUGUAUUUGACAAGUCAUUAAAAA